AUGCCCUGCACUGAUGCAGAUAAACCAAAAACAUUUUCAAAUCAAAAUGUUCUUCCGCGUUUACCCAUUCCUACACUCCAAGAAACUGCCGAACGUUAUAAGAAAUCGUUGAUUCCAUUAUUAUCGACUCAAGAUUAUAAUAAAGCUGUAGCAGCUGUAGAUGAAUUUAUGAAAGAAGGCGGUUUAGCUGAAAUUCUGCAGAAAAGACUUCAUGAACUAGAUAAAAUCGAACCGAAUAAUUGGAUCGAAACUAUCUGGUUGAACAAAGCAUAUCUUGAAUGGAGGGAGCCCACGCUUAUCAACGUUAAUUGGUGGUUGGAGUUCGAUGAUCCAAAAACAGGAAUCCUUGAAACUCCUCCACCGAGAGGUCAAGUGUCAGAACUACAAAUUGACAGAGCCGCUUGGAUUAUAAAUAAUCUAUUGAAUUUCAAUGACAUAAUUAACAGCGAAUUAUUACCGCCAGAGUCGACUCGUCAAGGGCCACUAUGCAUGGAUCAAUACAAGAAGCAAUUUGGUGCUUAUCGCAUCGCAGAUAUUCCAGCCGAUCGAACUGUGACAUGCUGGCCGGCUAACGCCAAACAUAUUAUCGUAAUCUUUAGAGACCAAAUAUUCAAAGUUCAAAUUUUGGGCGAAGGAGGGGAAAGGGCUCGUAAGAAGCUUGAAUCCGUGCAUGCAAAUAAAAUCAAUUUUGAAGCAAUUGAUACAUCAUUGCUUGCUGUUGCGUUAGAUGAUUACUCGGUUAGCACUGAUAUUGAUAUCUCUCAUCAUAAUAUUUUUCACGCAUUCAAUGGGCAUAACCGAUGGUUCGACAAAGCUUAUCAAAUAAUUAUACAAAACAACGGACGUGGGGGUGUUAAUGGCGAGCAUUCUCCCUCCGAUGCGGUAAUUCCUGGUCGCAUAUUUGAUGAAAUUUUAGAAAAUGAGCCAGCAGAAGACCCUCCGAACGCCUCAACUGUUCCUCUAGCAGAACCUCAAUAUUUGAAAUGGACCAUUGACCACAACAUUCAUUCCAUCAUAGAGAAAGCAAAAACCAAUAUCCAAUCUGCGAUUUCAAAUGUUGAUAGUGUUUUAUUACAUUACCAAGAGUACGGAUCUAAUUGGCUCAAGAGUGUUAAAAUUAGUCCUGAUGCAUUCGUCCAAAUGGCAAUGCAACUUGCUUAUUAUCGACUUUAUGGAGAACCGUGUCCAACUUAUGAAUCAGCUUCGACGAGAAAAUUUUUGCAUGGUCGUACGGAAACAGUGAGAACUUGUUCGGUCGAUACCUUAGCAUUUACUAAAGCUUUUGACGAUAAGGAUGUCGAUAAAGUGAAGAAAAUAGAAUUACUCACAAAGGCUGUUAAAUCACAUGUUGAAUAUAUGAUAGCUGCUACGAACG